AUGAUUCAGCCCUGCUUGUUUGUCAGGAUAAGGACACCGAUUUAUGAGUUGAUAAUGGUUCACUACAAGCUAACCUACUUCGACGGACGCGGUGCCGCUGAAAUUAUUCGUCAGAUUUUUGUCCUUGCUGGUCAAGAAUACGAGGAUAUCCGUCUUAGUCACGACGAAUGGCCCAAGUACAAGAACGAAAUGCCAUUCGGUCAAUUGCCAGUGUUGGAAGUCGACGGCAAAAAGCUUGCACAAUCUUUCGCUAUCGCCCGCUUCGUGGCCAAAAAAUUCGGGUUUGCUGGAAAGUGUCCGUUUGAAGAGGCUCUGGUUGACUCGAUCACCGAUCAAUACAAGGACUUCAUCAAUGAGAUCCGCCCAUUCUUACGAGUUGCUAUGGGUUUCGCAGAGGGAGAUCUGGAGAAGCUCAGCAACGAAGUCUUCUUGCCAGCUCGUGAAAAGUUCUUCGGAUUCAUGACAAACUUCCUCAAGGAGAGCAAGUCUGGUUAUCUCGUUGGUGAUUCAUUGACGUUCGCAGACCUGUACCUAGCUGAAUGCGCAUCUGAAUUCGCUAAGAAAACUCCGACAAUCUUCGACGGAUUCCCAGAAAUCAAAGCCCAUGCCGAAAAAGUUCGCUCGAACCCAGCUCUCAAGAAAUGGAUUGAAACCCGACCAGAAACUAAAUUCUAA